AUGUCGUAUCCGCUUGAGCUUACUUCGUGGUACAUAAUGGUGCCAACUAUGGGUGUACUCUCAACAUCUGAUAUAUAUCUCAUGAUUAUCGGAAAAAAACUAAUUAUUGUACUGACAAUUCUAGUUUUCAGUUUCUCAGUGCUAUUUACAAUUAUCGAUAGCGAAAUAUUUUCAAAAAUCGGAAGACAAAUUAAAAUCAGAUACAUCAAUUUAAUACUAAACGAUAAAGUCCUACCUGGAAUUUUAGGACAAUCAUAUAUGUUUCACACUCAACCCAAACCAUCACAAAGGUGUUUAUAUAUGUCACUUUUUUUACUAGGUUUGACAUUGAACACACUCUAUGCAGCUCAUUUAAAAACACUCAUCACAAGCCAUCCCUCGCUGCCACAAAUUUUGUCAUUCGAUGACCUAAGGAAAGCGAAAGUGGAUAUUAUGGUUGAUGAAACUGAAGUUAAAAUAGUCAGUUAUUCUAGAGGACAGGAACAAUUUGAUAAAAUACGAGAUUUAAUGGAUAUAAGAGACACAUUAACUUUUCAAAAUCAACGCAAAAAUCUGAGAACCUCACAUGCUUACACAGUUCCAACAUCGAUGUGGAAAUUUAUUGAACAACAACAACUAUUUUUUGCACGUGCACUUUUUCAUGCUCCCGAAGCAAUGAUAAUUAUUGAAAUGCUUCAUUUGUGCGUUCCACUGCAAGAGAAUUCCAUACUUAAAGAAUCAUUUGAUCAUUAUAUACAUAAGGUGCACGAUGCAGGUCUAUUACAAUAUUGGUAUAGAAGCACAUUUCGGGAGAUGCUGUCAGCACACAAAAUUGCUAUCGCUGAAGGAAUCAGAAUGGAAUCAUAUCAGAAUCUAAGAACUAGAGAUUUAAAAUGGGUAUGGAUAUUUAUUGGAUGUGGUUAUAUAUUAAGCAUAGUAGCCUUUUUAUUGGAGUUAUGUAUUAGUUCUAUAAAAUCAAAGCCAAAAGCAAUGAAAACUAGUCGUAAAUAG